CACCAGGCAGUGAUGUAAACAAGGAAAUGGAGAGUGCAAGACAAUGCGAAUGAAGAAAACGUAAGGAAAAAAGGACCUACGUUCAUUCAUUAGGGAACUCACAGCUAUACGGGCUUCGAAAUAAAUUAAUUGUUAUCGGAUGGAGAAUGGAGGAACGACACAAGAAGGUUCUUCAGCGCAACAGGAUCAAUCUAGUCAAAGACAUGGACCCAGCAGAUGUCUUUGACCUUCUGAUAGAAAAAGGGGUUUUCACCUCCGACAUGAUCGAUGAGAUUAAGCAAGCUGGAACGAAACGUGAUCAGGCCAGAGAACUGGUCAGAGACCUGGAGACCCGUGGGAGUCGAGCCUUCCCAUUAUUUCUGGAGUGCCUUCACGAAGUGGGUCAGCACGAUCUAGCCAAUCUACUACAGAACGGAGCUCCAGCCAUUCAUCUGCAGCCUGCAACACCAACACAAGUUGUACGUCCUACCGUUCGACCUCUCCCAGUUUCCAACCCCAUGGAUAUAGAAAGGCAAAGAAAGGAUGUUCCUAUUUAUCCAAUACAGAGACCUAGUACCAGUCCUAGUCCAUCACCUGAAAGAGACAGCAUAAGACCUAGACCACUAGGCAGACCACGGCGUGACAGUAUUCAGAGCUAUAAAAUGGACGCCAGCCCAUGUGGGUACUGCCUGAUCAUAAACAAUGUGUUGUUUGACUCUGAGAGUGGACUGAGCAAACGAACAGGCUCCAACGUAGACUGCGACAAGCUGGAGCGACGAUUUAAAUCACUCAACUUCUAUGUGGAAGUGAAGACGAACCUGAAACAAAGACAAAUCAAGCACGCCCUGGGUGCUCUGUCUAAGGAAGACCAUUCACAGUAUGACUGCUGCGUGGUUAUAAUUCUCUCUCAUGGAACAGAGGUCAGCCACAGCCGCUUUCCCGGUGCUGUUUAUGGUGUGGACGGCCUCUAUGUCCCAGUUCAGCACAUUACAAACUACCUCAAUGGCCAGCACUGCCCAUCUCUACAGGGGAAACCCAAGCUUUUCUUUAUCCAAGCAUGUGGAGGAGGUGAAAAAGACAUAGGUUUUGAGAUGUCCCCAGAUGAGGAACUGUCUUCCAAAGGUGGAAUAGAUGACCAGACAGACGCCAUUCCAAUGUCAUCCAGCAGCGACUCGCUGAGCAUGUCCGAUGAGCCUGAUGCCAAAGUCACUCUCCCCACGCCAAGUGACAUUCUGGUGUCGUAUUCAACAUUUCCUGGAUUUGUUUCAUGGAGAGACCCCAAGUCAGGAUCUUGGUAUGUUGAGACUCUGGACCGUGUUCUUGAAGAAAAUGCUGAUACUGAUGACUUGGUCACUAUGUUAAUGAUGGUUAAUCAUGAGGUCUCCCAAAACGCUGCAUUGGGGUGCUUCAAGCAAAUGCCCGGCUCCUUCAAUUUCCUCCGCAAACUUCUCUACUUUCAAACACGAAGCUAGGUCAGGCGAAACUCGUGUCAGUUUUUCAACAGGAUUUCCUGACAUUUAUAUGGAUGAAAAAUAAGCUAAUGUUAAGUUGUUUUGAUAAACAGUAAUGCCUUCCUGUCUACUUCUCUCAAUCAGCAUUUCUUAAUGUUGUUAAUCUUUUACAAUUUUUGAAAGGAAAUUUGAAGAAGUCUUUUCAUGUAAAUUACGUUUCUUCACUGACAAUGAAUAUAAAAUUCACUCUGCUGUAUAAAAGUUCUUUGAUGUUAAAGAUUAAAAAUAAAUGUGACUUAUUGCAUAGACUAAA